AUGGGAAAUCUUUAAAAAUAGCUUAAAAUAAUUUCUGUAAAAGUCUAGCAGCAUACAGUUUAGUGUGUUAUUUUUUAUAAAUAAAAGACAGACAUAAUGGUAAUAUUUUACUCCAUAGAGACGGAUAUAUCGUACAUAUUGAUUUUGGGUAUUUUCUAUCUAAUGCACCUGGAAAAGGAAUAGGGUUUGAAAAUAAAGUUCCAUUUAAAUUAUUAUCCGAAUAUAUAGAAGUAUUAGGAGGUGUAGAUUCGGAUAAUUUUAAAAGUUUUCGUAAAUAUUUUUUUAAAGGAUUUAUGGCUGCUAGAAAAAAUUAAGAUAAAAUUCUUAUUUUAGCAAAAAUGCUUUAUUGUGGUCAUGGCUCAUCUCUUCCUUGCUUCGAAAAAGGAGAAUUAGCAAUAGAGGAACUUGAGAAAAGAUUCAAUCCUCUUGGAGUGGAGAAUGAUGGAGAAUAUUAUAUUCAUACAUAAAAUAUAAUUAAUUAAAGUUUAGAUAAUUGGAGAGCAAGAUGGUAUGAUAAAUGGCAGUAUUUUUGCUAGGGAAUAUUUUAUUGAAAAAAAAUAAUAAUUAUAAUAAUACAUAAUAAACAUAUAAUUAUAAAAACAAAAAAUUAUAAAUAUAUAAUUUUUUUUUGUUUAAAAAUAAAUAAAUGACAUAUUAAACAUAUAGUAAGCAAGAAAAAUAAACUCAUUUAUAUAAAAUAGUAUUAGUAGGAGACGCUGGAGUAGGCAAAACACAUAUAAUAAAUCGUUAUGUAAAAGGUUAUAUACCACAAACAAUUCCUCCCACCAUAGGGGUUGA